CAACCAUAUCCACCAUCCGCCACCCACCAGCCCUCAGGCACCAUCCACCGCCACAACCAUGGAUCUCAUACUCAUAGAGAAAGCUCUGUUAGCGGUGUUCUGCGCUAUAAUUCUGGCCAUCACCAUCUCUAAGCUUCUGGGGAAGAAAUUAAAGCUGCCUCCAGGUCCUCUGCCGGUGCCGGUUUUCGGGAACUGGCUGCAGGUUGGGGAUGACUUGAACCACCUGAACCUCUCCGACUUAGCGAAGAAAUUCGGGGACAUUUUCAUGCUGCGAAUGGGGCAGCGGAACCUGGUGGUGGUGUCGUCGCCGGACCUGGCGAAGGACGUUUUGCACACUCAGGGAGUGGAGUUCGGAUCACGCACCAGAAACGUGGUGUUCGACAUAUUCACCGGUAAGGGCCAGGACAUGGUGUUCACGGUGUACGGUGAGCAUUGGCGGAAGAUGCGGCGGAUCAUGACCGUCCCUUUCUUCACCAACAAGGUAGUUCAGCAGUACCGCGUCGGAUGGGAGGACGAGGCGGCGCGUGUGGUUGAGGACGUGAAGAAGAAUCCCGAGGCCUCCACCAACGGAAUCGUGCUGAGGAGACGGUUGCAGCUCAUGAUGUACAACAACAUGUAUAGAAUCAUGUUCGAUAGAAGAUUCGAUAGUGAGGAGGAUCCGUUGUUCGUGAAGCUCAAAGCCUUGAACGGAGAGAGGAGUAGACUGGCUCAGAGCUUCGAGUACAAUUAUGGAGACUUCAUUCCCAUUUUGAGACCAUUUUUGAGAGGCUACCUGAAAAUCUGCAAGGAAGUUAAGGAGAGAAGGUUGCAGCUCUUCAAGGACCAUUUUCUUGAGGAGAGGAAGAAGCUGGCAAGCACAAAGAGCACAGAUCACAACAGUCUGAAAUGCGCCGUUGAUCAUAUUUUGGAUGCUCAGCAGAAGGGUGAGAUCAACGAGGACAACGUCCUUUACAUUGUGGAGAACAUCAAUGUUGCUGCUAUUGAAACAACGUUGUGGUCAAUCGAGUGGGGCAUUGCAGAGCUGGUGAACCACCCUCACAUCCAGAAGAAGCUCAGGGAUGAGCUGAACACUGUGCUUGGACCUGGCGUCCAAGUCACCGAGCCUGAUAUCCAAAAGCUUCCAUAUCUUCAGGCUGUAAUCAAAGAAACUCUCCGGCUAAGGAUGGCAAUUCCUCUCCUGGUCCCCCACAUGAAUCUGAAUGAUGCAAAGCUAGGUGGCUAUGACAUUCCUGCUGAGAGCAAAAUCCUGGUGAACGCAUGGUGGCUUGCUAACGACUCUUCCAAGUGGAAAAACCCAGAAGAGUUCAGGCCAGAGAGAUUCCUGGAGGAGGAGUCCAAGGUUGAGGCCAAUGGCAAUGACUUCAGGUACCUCCCGUUCGGUGUUGGAAGAAGAAGUUGCCCUGGAAUCAUUCUUGCUCUGCCAAUUCUUGGUAUCACAAUUGGACGUAUGGUUCAGAAUUUUGAGCUCCUCCCUCCUCCUGGACAGGCCAAACUUGACACCACAGGAAAGGGUGGGCAGUUCAGUUUGCACAUCUUGAAGCAUUCCACCAUUGUGGCAAGGCCAGUAGAAGCUUGAAUUUCCCACUCUCCACUCAAUAUCUUCCUUCCCCCUUCCCCCCGCCCACCCUUUUUUUCUUUUUUUUUUUGUCCUGUCACUUUUGAGGUUUUUAAAGAUGAAGAUGGGAAACUAUUAUGCUUCAUGUGGUUUGUGACUGUAAGUAAAUCUAUGAAUUUGCAAUAAUUUCAUGUUAUUCCUUCUUACUUUCCCA